GCUGUGUGUGGCAGCACUUUCGGCCAAUAACUUCUGCGACAACCGGGAGGCACUUUAUGGUGUUUUUGAUGGUGACCGCAACGUGGAAGUGCCGUAUCUGCUGCAGUGCACAAUGAGUGACAUCUUGGCAGAAGAGUUGCAGAAAACUAAAAAUGAGGAGGAAUACAUGAUCAACACUUUCAUCGUUAUGCAGAGGAAACUUGGAACAGCUGGGCAAAAACUCGGAGGCUCCGCUGUCCUUUGCCAUAUAAAACAUGAUCCCAUGGACCCUGGUGGAUGCUUCACACUAACCUCAGCAAACGUGGGGAAGUGCCAAACCGUUCUCUGCCGGAAUGGGAAACCUCUGCCUUUGUCCAGGUGUUACGUGAUGAGUUGUGAAGAAGAGCUGAAGAGGAUUAAGCAGCAUAAGGCCAUUAUCACAGAGGAUGGCAAAGUGAACGGUGUGACGGAUUCGACGAGAAUCUUGGGGUACACCUUCCUUCACCCAAGUGUCGUGCCUCGUCCUCACGUCCAGUCCAUCACCUUAACUCCACAAGAUGAGUUCUUCAUUCUGGGGAGCAAGGGGCUGUGGGACAGCCUCUCGAUGGAUGAAGCAGUGGAGGCAGUCAGAAACGUGCCUGACGCCCUGGCAGCCGCCAAGAAGCUUUGCACUUUGGCCCAGAGUUACGGCUGCAACGACAGUAUCAGCGCCGUCGUGGUUCAGCUCAACGUGACGGAGGACAGCUUCUGCUGCUGCGAACUUAAUGGGGUCCCACCCCCCAGCCCAGGCAUCUUCCCCCAGUCUGUCAACGUGGUCAUCAAGGACAGGCCAACAGACGCCCUUGGGAUGCCGUCUUCGAGCAGCGGCAUGGCUUCGGAGAUCAGCAGCGAGAUCUCCACCUCCGAAAUGAGCAGUGAGGUGGGGUCCACGGCCUCCGACGAGCCUCCCCAGGUAGCCAUGAACGAGAACAGCCCGGCCUACCCGGGGGAGCAGCGCUGCAUGCUGCACCCCGUCUGCCUGUCCAAUUCUUUCCAGCGGCAGCUUUCCAGCGCCACCUUCUCCAGCGCCUUCUCCGACAACGGCCUUGACAGCGACGACGAGGAGCCCAUCGAAGGGGUCUUCACCAACGGCAGCCGCGUGGAAGUGGAGGUGGACAUCCACCAUAACUUAAUUGAAGUUGCGACGGAUGCGCCGCUCAGAAAAACGGGGGGCUACUUUGCUGCUCCAGCUCAGCCCGACCCCGACGACCAGUUCAUCAUCCCACCGGAGCUUGAAGAAGAAGUCAAGGAGAUUAUGAAGCAGCACCAGGAACAACAGCAGCAGCAGCAACAGCAGCAGCCGCGGCAGUACCCCAUGGACCACCUGGCAGACUAUUACGACACACCACUAUGA